ACCACCAGGCAGUGUUGCUUCAGUCGUCUAUGAGGGAGGGUGUACUACCUCGCGCUCCUUGGAUUCUUGACUGGCAUUUGUUUUUUUUCAUGGACCAAUACAAAUGAAAUAUACGUGACAGUAGCAAACGUUCAUGAGAUUUACCUAGUGUGUGUACUAUUAUGAAUAUUGUGCUGGAAGAUCUUGUGUCAGUAGCGAUUUUUUCGGUGUCAAACUAUUUGAAAUUCUGAGAAGUGUUCUAGAGUGUCAGCGAGGUUGUUGGUGUUAGAGGCGUGAUGGGCGUGAGUGCGGGCGGUGGGUCACUACGGGACGUGUUGUUGGUCUCUGGUGGGCGUGGCACCAGUAGCCGUGGCACUGGACUAACCUGGCGUUCCCUGAAGUCCGUCUCUGGCACCACCGAUGCCGUCGACCCUCAGGGCCAUUUUUUCCCAGCCAAGCUGGCCCUUUCCCUGUCCCUGUUCAAGCUGCUCAUGGCCAUAUUCAUGGUGGCCCUGGGAGCAUUAGCACUCAUCCUCCACGCCACCCUCUCCAACCUGGGCGUGGGCCUGUGGGCUGGCGCUGUGGUAGGCUUAUGCGGCUUCCUGGGCGUGUGUGCCUCCCGCCGCCCAUACGCCCACGUCUAUGUGGUGAGCUUCAUGUGUGUGGCCAUACUGUGUCUAGCCUCGUCUGGUCUUCUUAUAAUACUGUCUGCCACAGCCUGGGCCAGAGACAACCACCUCCCCACAGCUGUCUUCAUUGAACAGGAGACACAAGAAGAGGUAGAAGUACUGGGGGAGGUGUUACUUGGUCGACCAGCCGUACUGGUGUCAGGUGCUCUGGUGCUCCUGGGUGUCAUUGACUGUAUAGUGAGCCUGGCUUGUAUCACCGUCAGCGCCAGGGAGGCCUGUGGCCUCUACACCAAGGGUGAAGACGCUGCCCAAGGUCUCUCAGAGGGACACAACCGCAAGGAGAGACUCUACCGUUGGCUAGGACAACAAAAGACCAUCUUCCCUAUCGUGAGUUCCGCGGGUUCGUCAUCAAGUCCACCUCGUAUGGUGUCAUCAGUGUCACAGUUUGUGCCACUCUCAUCCUCAGACUCCUCUUCAUCAGCUACACCCAGGAAGACUUCAGCAGAUCCCUCGGCUGCAUCAUCCUUACCUUCCUCUACUGACCAUCGUGUUCACCACCAUACAGGCAACUCGACUCUUGCUGCUCCCUCUCACUUAUCUUCCUCCAUCAAGGGUAGUGGCAAUAAGGUGGCUCCCUCAUCAGCUGUGCAGUCCAUCCUCAAGCCUUCUUCUCAGCCUCUUGCUGGCAGCUCAGUACCUCCAAGUUCCAAACACACACCUACACACAGUCAUGACCGUCAGCAGUCUUUACACGCACACAUGCAAGUUGCAUACCCACACCUCCACCAUCCUCUUCACACACAUCUCCAUCCACAUCAAAUUUCACAUCACAUUCCUCCUAAGGCACCUGUACAUGUUCACCAGUACUCGCACCCGCCCACACAUCACUAUCCCGCCCAUGUUGCCCACCCAUCCCUCUAUUACCCUCACUUGGUGACACCUAUGAUGCCUCACUUCCAUCCAGAUCAGGAUCCUCACCAACUUGCACGGAAGCAUAAGAAGGAAGGUAAGAAACGCAAAGACAAAGCUGGUAAAAAGGAGAAGAAAAAAGGCAAGAAGAACAAGGAGCUAACAGAUGAGCAGAUUGAGAAAACAUACACAGGACUGGAUCGGGAGAUAGCAGAGGAAUUCAUAGAUUCCACCAUGGAACCCAGCGUGUCUAUCCACAGAGCUCUUAACAACAGCUUUGAACAAGAGUCUUUCUAAGAAUUAAGUUAUGUUUAUGAAAUAAGAUACUAACUCAUACCUUUUAAGUACUUAAAUAAUUUAUGUCCAUUUCCAUUUUAUCACAAUAAUUUACUGUCAGUUUGUCAGUUCGUAAUUUUAUGUGUGCCUCAAGAAUGGGAUCCAAAAUACAAAUACAGUACAGAGGAUAAUAACUAGAAUUUCAUUGAGAUGUACAGAUAGUGAUUACUUGGGAGUUAUGUCUGUAAAAUCCUACAGCUGCAGUGCACAUAUCACUAACAUAUUUCAACAGCAAAUUGCUCCACAUACUUUCGCUAGUGCCAUUUUUUUUUUAUCAGAAUGGGGAGUGCAGUGCAGUGGGAAUGGGAGGUGAUUGGGUUCAGCACACAGGUAGGGCAGGUUCACUUGCUUGGAUCAAGAGCCCCUCAUUGGCAUCAGACGACCUCCCCCAAUUUUUUACAUGGUUUUCCUUGCAUCAUCUGUCACCUUCUCUUGUUUCUGAUGGCUCUUCUUGCAUCUCAUCAUUUUUUUUUUUAACAUGCUGUCCAUCUCCCACCAAAGCAGGGUGAUCCCCCCCAAAAAAGAAGAAACACUUUCAUCAUCAUUCACACUAUCACUGUCUUUGCAGAGGCUUGCAGAUAUGAGUUUAGAUGUCAUUCUAAACAGCAAAUAUCUCAUACCCAUCCUUUAAAGUGCAUGCGCGGUACUUUCCCACCCCCAGGACUCAAGUCUGGCUAAUUGGUUUUCCUGAAUCUCUUCACAAAAUAUUACCCAGCUCACACUGCAACAGCUCAUGAAGUCCAAAAAACCAUUCACCUUCACUCCUACCUAACAUGCUCACACAUGCCUGUUUUAUUAAGUCCAAGCCCCUUGCACACAAAACCUCUUUUACCCCUUCCCUCCAUCCUUUCAUCAUUUUUAUUUUUUAUUUAUUAUCACACUGGCCGAUUCCCACCAAGGCAGGGUGGCCCGAAAAAGAAAAACUUUCACCAUCAUUCACUCCAUCACUGUCUUGCCAGAAGGGUGCUUUACACUACAGUUUUUAAACUGCAACAUUAACACCCCUCCUUCAGAGUGCAGGCACUGUACUUCCCAUCUCCAGGACUCAAGUCCGGCCUGCCGGUUUCCCUGAACCCCUUCAUAAAUGUUACUUUGCUCACACUCCAACAGCACGUCAAGUAUUAAAAACCAUUCAUCUCCAUUCACUCCUAUCAAACACGCUCACGCACGCCUGCUGGAAGUCCAAGCCCCUCGCACACAAAACCUCCUUUACCCCCUCCCUCCAACCUUUCCUAGGCCGACCCCUACCCCGCCUUCCUUCCACUACAGACUGAUACACUCUUGAAGUCAUUCUGUUUCGCUCCAUUCUCUCUACAUGACCGAACCACCUCAACAACCCUUCCUCAGCCCUCUGGACAACAGUUUUGGUAAUCCCGCACCUCCUCCUAACUUCCAAACUACGAAUUCUCUGCAUUAUAUUCACACCACACAUUGCCCUCAGACAUGACAUCUCCACUGCCUCCAGCCUUCUCCUCGCUGCAACAUUCAUCACCCAUGCUUCACACCCAUAUAAGAGUGUUGGUAAAACUAUACUCUCAUACAUUCCCCUCUUUGCCUCCAAGGACAAAGUUCUUUGUCUCCACAGACUCCUAAGUGCACCACUCACCCUUUUCCCCUCAUCAAUUCUAUGAUUCACCUCAUCCUUCAUAGACCCAUCCGCUGACACGUCCACUCCCAAAUAUCUGAAUACAUUCACCUCCUCCAUACUCUCUCCCUCCAAUCUGAUAUCCAAUCUUUCAUCACCUAAUAUUUUUGUUAUCCUCAUAACCU